AUGUCUUCAGGUGUCCGCUUUACCUCUCUCCCCGAACCUUCCGAGGUCGGUCGAAUCUGGCAGGAUCUUGAAGACCUCAUCUGCUCACUCCAGUCUCGACUCGAGCUUAAAGAAGAAAAGUACUCUGAACUCGCUGUUGAUGUUGUCAAUGGUCUUGAAUCGGGUCUUCGAGGCGAAGAGCGUCAAACUCAGCUUUGCAAACUUCGUGAGUCUUGGAGACAUAUCCAAACACUGGAGCGUGAGCUGCGCUUCUACCUGAAACAGCUGAGAAGACUAGCUGAGGGCUCAAUGUCAAGGAUCGCCGAGCAGCUUGGGACGCUGAACGUUGAUUCGAUGGCUAGGGCUAUCCAGGCGAGUGAGAUGAGUCAGACGUGCUAUGAGAGGCCUGUCGAGCCGUUGUUUGAUACAAUCGUCGAGUCGCCUGAUGAGCAUACCUAA